AUGACGGCAGUGGGAGCAGCAACAUUGGCCACUGUGGCGGCAGCAGCAGCAGCUUCAGCGACAACGGUCACAACAGAAUGCAAGUCCACGGCGGCGUCUGGCGGUAGCACCAGCGGCGGCAGCAGCAACAACAACAACAACAACAGCGCUCCCAAUCACAACCACAUCGGCAGCAGCAGCACCAGCAGCAAUGCCACCAACAACAGCAAUGCCAGCAUUAACAUCGGCAUCGGCAUGGGCAUGGGCAUGGGAGAAUCUCCAGCAGCAACUGUGGCUGCAGCUACAGCUACAGCAGCAGCAGCAGCUGCUUCGGAGCGUAUGGAGCGAAGGCCACCGCUGCUGGGAGCACCACCACCAGCACCGCCGCUGUCCGCGAUCAGCAACAGCAACGGUCGAUCGGCAGCAGCGAUCGCUUAUCACUCGCUGAUGCCGAACUACUAUCCCAGCACGCGACAGUUGCAUAUGCACGGCCAUGCCCGGGCUCAUGCGCAUCCCCCCCAACAGCAGCAGCAGCAGCAGCAACACGGGCAUCCGCAUCAGCAUCCGCAUCCCAAUCCUCACCAGCAACAGCACCCGCAGCAGCACCUGCAGCAGCAGCAGCAGCACCCGCAUCCCCACCAGCAUCCGCAUCCACAUCCCCAUCAGUACCAAUUGCAGGCGCUAAGCCACUACCAUCAGCAACUUUAA